AGAGAGAGAGAGAAAGAGAGGUGUGGUUUAGUAUUCAUGGUAAACUGGGAUUACCCGAGACACAACUCCUAUGCUUGAUCAUCCCAUCCUAUGCGGAACAUAUUAAUAUUUUCCCAGAAAAAUUAGACGUCUCAAUUGAAACAGUAUAAGUAGUCAUGGUUUGUGCAUGGAGUCACCUGGACCUGUCUGGCUAUACUACUGAAGAAUAUUUGACUAAAACUUUGGACCAAUGUGCUGAAGAAACCUGAAGCGAUGGAAGACAAAAUCAGGAGGCCUUAUGUGCCUGAGGCCACUGUCCGUCUGUUGAUCAAUUACAAUAAGUCACACAAGACUGUGCUGCGAGUGAACCCCCAACUGCCCCUUGAGAGCCUUCUUCCAUUGGUGUGCCACAAGUGCGAGUUGAGCGUUGAAACAACUGUCCUUCUGAGGGACUGUCGGUCCAAAGAGUCACUGGACAUUGCCAAGACUUUAAAUGAGCAUGGGCUUAGGGAGGUGUUUGCUUGGGAUACAGCGGAUACAGAGCCCCCUGUUGAUCAAUAUCAACUCUGUUCACAAGAACCAGCCAAAUGGAGUGCUCUACAUCAUUUGGACCAGUCAACGGGGAAAAAGAAACAGGAUGUCAGUGGCUUUCUCAGCUUUUGUCGAAGACUGAAGAAAAAAACUGAAAUAAAAGAAGGGAUGGUGAGAUCUCCAACUACUCCUGAUCUUCUAAAGAUAAAGUCAGCUGAUGUGAACGAGCAGGAGAUUUCUCAUUCAAACACCUUGCCAGGGCAUCAAAAGAGAAGAGCUCCACUUCCCCCCAUGGGUGUAUCGCAGUGUCUAUCCAACAACCUCAACAAUCACAGAGGCUCACAGAGAUCUGUUACAUCAAACCUCAGGAGACCCAAAAGGAAUGCUCCACCCCCUCCAUGUACGAGCACACUGAAGGAGGUGCAAGUAGAUAUAGAUGCUGAAGCAGGAGACGGAGCUAGGUGGCGAUGAACAAAAUGAUGCUGUCACUGCUGUGGUUACUGCACUAAGCGACCUGAACAGAACUUGUGGAGGACCGCCUACAGUACAUGUGUCGCUUCAUGUCACGAAAUUGACUCGGAUUCUGUUUAUAAACUAACACUGAAUAGUAAUUAUUUUCCCAUGUCAUAUGAUUAAUGUUGCUCACUUCUGAUUCAUUGCAUCCUGAUCCCUUUGUCUUUAUUCCCCUUUCCUUUUCCCAAAUGUCUAAUUGCUCUCUGUCGUAUGUGUGACUUGGGUAAUGGAGCAAUAAAUAUAAAUAACAUUGCAGAAAUUUGGAAAGUAAUGGUAGCGCAUUUAUGGCUUUAUAUUGGGUGGUACACUAUUAAAUUGCUCUAAAAAACUAAAUGUGUAACGUACGUCAAUGAUUUUAUGCAUUCAUUCUACAGUGCCCUCCAUAAUUAUUGGCACCCCUGGUUAAGAUGUGUUUUUUAGCAUCUAAUAUAUAUUUUUUUAAUUCAAAUAAUAUGGGAC